AUGAUAACUAAUAGUAUUAUUGCGAUGGAUAUCAUUCCAGAUAAUGAAGGAAAAGUAGUAAUAUAUGGUUCACCUAAUAAGGAUAAUACACAUAAAGUUUCCGGUAAACUUCGUAUAAUCCUCUCAAGACCUCAAAAAAUAAAGUUUAUAACAAUUAAAUUAAAAGGAAAAUCCGAAUAUUCAGAUUGGGAAGACCAAUUUUCUUCUUUAGAUAUAAUUAAAGUUGAAAAAGUUCUUUAUGAAAAAGAAACUUUACCUAUAGGUGUAACCGAUCUUGAUUAUGAAUUUGAAGUUCCUGGUAAUUUACCACAAACUUAUAGAACUAAUUUUGGAGCAAUUUUUUAUAAAUUGGUUGCCAUGUUUCAACCUGUUUCAUUAAUGUCAAAAUAUACUAGAGUUGAAAAAGGAAUUAAUGUUUUAAGACAUUUUUUACCUUGUAGAAGAGAACUUUUACCUGCACCACCUUCAAAAGUUUAUAAGGGUCAAAGAAAGGAUAUUUUAAAUUUUGAGUUGGAACUUCCUACAGUCAUUUGUGUACAAGAGAAAAGUUUAUUAGUCAAAUUAAAAUUAUCUCCGACAAGCGAUCAAGGUCGCAUAAAGAAGGUUUUAUUUGAGUUGAUUCAAUCUGAAAAAUACAGUCAAAAAGACUUAAACGAAUAUUACAUUGAUCCUACACAAGUAAUUUCGAUUAUUCCAUUAAAUGGAUCAUCGUUAACAAAACGUAAACGAACCUAUCCUAUAACACCGACAACACUCAGUAUUCGUAAUGAAGAUGAUAAUUGGAAUAAUCCAUUAUUUUAUAACCUACCGUUUGCACAAUAUCUUGGUGCUUCUCCUCGUAAAGCUCGUUUAAAGGCUACUCUUAAAUCUCCGUUAAUGAAAGUUAGACAUAAAUUUAAAUUUGUAGUGAUGUUUGAAGAUGAAAGUGAAGCUGAUUUGGAAUUAGUAUUUCCAAUUAUUAUUACUACUAUUCCCGAAUACAGAUUGGAACCUUGGUUGGCUGAUAUUUUGGGACAUGUCGACCUACCUCCUUACAGUGAUUCUUUUGCUUUAAGAGGACCUUCGGAAUUUAUAAAUGUAGAUAAUGAAAGAAAUGAAAGAAAUGAAAGAAAUGAAAGGAAUGAAAGGAAUGAAAGGAAUGAAAGGAAUGAAAGGAAUGAAAGAGAUGAUAGAAAUGAAAGAGGUUCAAAUGAUCCAGAUAAACAACAACCAAAACUAAAACAAAGGAGGAGUCAACCUUCAUUAAUAAGUCGUUUAUUACAUCGUAAUGAAAACAAUUCUCUUAAAAAAGAUUCCGGUACUUCAACAUCUAGUACACCUUCUACUUUUUCAAAUAAUCAUGAACUUAUAUAUGAAGAAAGUCCGGAUACUUCAAUAUCUUCAAUUGGACAUAUGAAUCCAGUUUCUUUCUUGAACAUGCCUGAUGAUGAUGAUUGGUUUGGAAAUUCUGCUUUUGAGAUUCGUAGUGAACCCACUAGUCCUAAAUUAAGUGGAUUAAUUCCAGCAGCCUUGACUGUUCCAAGUGAUUUAUCAUCAUCAUCAAACGUGAGUCGAGGGAGGACUAAUAAUAUUAGUGAUAUUAGUAAGAGGAUUAAUGAGAUUAGUGAUAUUAGUAAGAGGAUUAAUGAGAUUAGUGAUGUGUGUGAGAGUUUUUUACUACUACCUCAAACUAUGGGAAGACUAUCAUUGAACAUUAAAAUUAGAAAUUCAUCAAAUCCUGAUAAUUUUGAACCGGAAACAAGAGAAUUAAUUAUUCCUUCAAAUGUUACAUGGAAUAAAUUAGAAAAAGAGAUCCGAACAUUAUUUUCCAAAAUUAAUCCAAAUGAUGAAAUUCAAUUAAAAUAUCGUGAUUUCGAAGGUGAUAUGAUUCAUAUUUCAUCAGAUGGAGAACUUUCAAGUGUAUUGAGUACAUUGAAUGAAGACCAAGUGAUGAAAUUUGACUUGGUUAUUAAAUCACAAUUUGAAAUAGAUGACAAAUUUGUUGAUGUCACUAAGAAUAUUUUACAUCAAUGGCUUGACGAAAACUUGCCAAAUCUUGUUGACAGAGUAACUCGCGAAGUUGUAAAUUCGAUUGAUCGAAAAAGGAAAUUAUUCGCUCAAGAUCAUAUCGAUAUAUCAACUUCAACUUUAAUCAAGAAUGACGAGUACGAGUCAACUUCAAUCAAGAAUGACGAGAAUAAAGUAUUCACAUAUCCAUCCAAAAAAAUUCAAGGAAAAAUUGGUGAAACCGUUGAAGUUCUUAUCUCUUAUCAAUAUUUAACAUUUUCUCAUGCAUCUACGAAGGAUGUUUGGGGUACUGGAAUCUAUACUCCUGAUUCUGAUUUGAUUAAGGCGUUGGGUCAUUCCGGUUCAUUCAUUCUUCCAAAGACAUCACAACCAGAUCAUGAUCUUUCAAUUAUUUUACGAUUUUUACCCGGAUGUGACAAAUAUUUAGGAUCAAUUAAUAAUGGAUUAAAAAGUCAAGAUUAUAAUAAAUUUAACUUGAGCUUCGUUAUCGAACAUGUUAAACAUUUACCAAAAGGAAGUGUUUCGUUGUGA